CGCCGCGUAUUCAUGCCACGCGCAACUCUUGCGUUCUGGAUCAGCAUUUGUGGAUGAGUUACCGUUCAUUGAAGACGAACCAAUGCGUCAAGGAAAAAACGAUGCUCGGGUUUCAGCAGGUGGACGCACCGCGAACAACCCAGGCAACGAAGCUGAACGCUGCAGUCCCAAUCCAUAUACGAUCAGUGACUCAUCGGACCAUGCCACGCUGCCAAGAUUGGCGAAAAAGCGGCGGUCAGUCUAUCAACUACAAGACAUCGACCUACAACAGUUCACCAUCGUCCAGGGCGGAGUGUGCGCUGCCAUCUUCGGUACCGCUCUGCUGGCAGCCGUGCUGUCCACUCGAUUCAAGGCAUCGCUUGGUACUGUGUGCCAGCCAUGCCUCACUGCCCAAGCAUACAUCACUCGCGUGGAGGACCAGACAGUAUCACCUUGCGAAGACUUUUAUCUGCACGUCUGCGGUCAGUGGUCUUACUCGGGAGAGGACACCUUUGUAGCUGACGUCGAAGCCAGUGGGUUUAGCGCUCUUGACGACGCACUUUCUAGUUACACCACAAGUCCUCCUGGUACCUCAUGGACAUUCCAGACUCUAGCGUUGUUCUAUCAAUCCUGCAAGUCUGAACUCGGAGCCAAGCGAAAUAUCUCCUACGUCUUACACCAGUUUAUUGAGGUAUCCGAUUUAACAUGGAAGCACUUCAGCGACAUACAUGACGAGAGAAGUUUCAUUGACGUCAUUGGAGUGAUGACAAUCAAGUUGGAUCUCGAUCCGCUCUUCAACAUUGAUAUCAAUCGAAGAGGCCAUGCAUUCACUAUAAAACCUGUUGCGAGAGACUCACUCCUGAAGUACUCAACUGCAAUAGACAUUAUUCGACGUGCGUCGCACAUCAUAGAUGCGCGCAUCGACAAAAAGCUCGUAGAAAGUGUUCUGGAGCUGCACAAGAUGAUUGAAGAUGAAUACGACAGUCCCGCUAGCGCAUCGGUAACAGGUCCUGGCAUUACAGUUCUCGUACAACUUGGAAUAGGGACGUCGGAAUUAUGGGCGAACACUGUCGACAAGUAUGCGCCAAGCUGGGUUCAUAUUUCUGAAAAGUCGCAAGUCACGCUCAACCAGCCGCCACUACUGCGAAACGUUCUCGGCUACGUGUUCAGGUCACCCCCGGAUAUACGGUCUUUCUACCUCUUUCUUCACAUCCUCAAAGUAGUCAUCGACAUCGUCGACAUAUCCGGCGACCUCACGACAGCCAAGGAAGCCUGCCUCAAAGAAAUCCAGCGUGAGCAGUUCUUCUGGAUACGCCACUCGUUUGCCGUCCACAACCUCGUCACGUCCGACACUGUCGACAAACUCCGGCAAAUUUAUUCCGACGUCAUUAUAAAGCUCCUGUCUCUAGUCGGCCGCAACCAUCGCUUGAACCGAAGGGCCACGUCCUUGAUCGAAAAAGAGCUGAAGGCGUUUUCAUUCCGCAAUAUCUUCUCGCAACCUUACCCAAACGCUACCGAGCUCGACCGCAUCUACCAGGGGUUACCUCGCAAGCUAACGUUCUACCACAGCAGGUUUGUGCUGAACACGGUAUACGAUCUCAACUACGACGUCCUCUACAAGGCCGACUGCCUUACGGCUGAACAGCCGUUCUUCAGAUUUACGAAGACGCGGUUGUGUGCCUCUGCUUUCGUUCUAAUUCCACCCAUGUACUACAGGGGUGCAAGACACAGCGUUAAUUACGGCGCAGUCGGUUACUUAAUGUCCUUGCAGAUUUUGAUAUCCGCCUUAAGCGAAGUUAGACGAAGCUACAGCGGGAAAGAAAGAGCAGCCUUGGCGUCACUAGUCGAGGCAUUAGCAUGUUACGUCAAGUCUUCGGAACGGAUGUAUGCGGCACAGGCGUUUGAUUUCGCCAGCGCUACUUUGGGCCUUCGGGCAGCAUUCGAGGCAUACAAGUACCGUGUUUCUAUGAAGGCCAUGAGUGAUGCCACCAACAGGGAGUUCUUCCAAAGGGCAUGCCUUCCUCUAUGUUCUACGAGGCCGUCGUUUGAUCCAAGGUACGGCACUGACCUUCCGCCACGAAUGAUAUGUAACAUUGCUGUGCGAAACUUACCUGAGUUUUACAGUGCAUUCCACUGUUCUGCUCUCUCAAAGAUGGCACAAGGUGGGAUCUGCACGCUAUUCUGAACAUUCACCACAUCUAUUUAUUGCUUGUUUAUGCGUUG